AUGGCUUCGGAUUACCCGAGAGCCGAGACGUCGUCGGCACUACAUCUAGGGCCGGCGCCACAGCGCCAGGUAGCCGAGUCAGGGGGUCGGUCCCAAUCAACGGAUCCGAUCACGCUAGGGUUCGCGCAGUUAAAUGAACGCUUUGAUAAGAUGGACCGUCGGGUCGAAACCUUGGAGCGCCGACCGCAUCCACAAGCGGCUGAUCACACCCAAGUUUGGGACGAUGCCGAACACGAAUGGGAGGAGUAUCGAGGGCACGGUCGGCCAGUACGUGAGGAUCUUGACCGUUCAUACCGACACCAGGAUCGAGGUCGGGGACGCCCGUCUCGGGGUGGUCGCGGUGAUCGGGGUGGAGGAGGCCGUUUUUCGCAGCGGCGCGAUGUGACGGAGUAUCGAACGGGUCGCCGUCGGGACAAUUGGGAUCCACCUCAGAGGCACGACGAUUGGGACGAGGAUCCGCACGAGGAUCGCGGUGUCUCCUGCUGGGACCCGCCUCAGCGCCGAGAGCGUUUUCCCCACCAGGGAACCGAUUACUCUUCCGGCUUGAAGAUGGACGCGCCCCACUUUAACGGGGCGGAUGCGCCAAAUUGGAUAUCCCGCGUACAAUAUUAUUUCGAUCACAAACGGAUCCCGGAGUCUGAGCGUCUGCAUUAUGUAGUGAUGCUGUUUGACCCCCCCGCUUCGGAAUGGAUAUUCAAUUAUAGGGAGACCAAUGGUUUUGUAACGUGGCCGGAGUUCCUGGACGACGUCAGACAUCGCUUUGACCCACAGAGCUUCAGAAAUUACACGGGUCUGAUCGCCAAGCUGGUUCAGACGUCUACCGUAGCAGACUACCACGCAAUGUUCGAACGGUACCUCAAUCGGGUGACCGAUUUAUCGGAGUCAUCUCUGAUUCCUAUUUUUAUCCAAGGGCUCAAGCAACCCUUGCAAGAGAAGAUCGAAUUGCAGAACCUGGUUUCAUUAGCGGAGGCAAUGGCAUUGGCAUUGCGCUUGGCUGCAACACAAGACGAGCGACCGCACCAACCGUCGCCAUAUCCGCGACGCCAGUGGUCAGGGAAGGAGCAGAGGGCCCCCCCGAUCCCCGGUUCGACCCCAAUUUCUGGACCACAGCCGCAAGAACUUCAGGGACGUGACGCGGACAAGGCACGGGUAUACCCAAUCAGGGUGUCUAACGCCGAGAAAUCGGAGCGGGCACGCCGAGGGCUUUGUUACCAUUGCCCUGAAAAAUGGGUCGCAGGCCACGUCUGUAAGGUCAAACUUCUUUGCUAUAUGGAUGACGAUGCUGACAACCUGCAAGAGGAUACCGCGGGAGAUCAAGUGCCGGAGGACGAACUAAUUACGGCUGAUCUAUCGCACCUUCACGCCUUGGAUGGCCGAGGGAGCUCGAAACCGUUCAUUGUACAGGGCACGUUGGGCGUAACCAACGUGCGGGUAUUGAUCGACACAGGCGCGACAUUGGAUUUCCUCCAGCCACUCAUCGCCGAAAUACUCCAGUUGGACCUAACACCCAUCAGACCAUUCCGGGUGUUGGUAGGUAACGGAGCAUCCCUGCUCUGCACCCACAUAGCGCGGGGCACCAAGCUGACGCUGCAGGGCAACGUAUUUGUGGUGGAUCUCCAUAUUCUCGCUCACCAUGGGCCAGAUGUGAUUUUGGGAAUGCGUUGGUUGGAAUCGCUGGGGAAGGUGUCGGCGGAUUUCGUCAGAAAAACGUUGGAAUUUACUCAUGGGGAGCGACCGGUUUUCUUACAAGGCUUGAUGCCGGGGCCAAAACAAAUAUCCCUUCACUCGUUAUACACAUUAACGACGCAACCAACGGACCACGAGUUCUAUGAGAUUGUACCGAUUGACAGCGGCACUGAGGCAGUGGAGGGAAGCAGCAGGGAGGACUUUCCUCCGGGCUUGCCGAACGGAAUUCUCGCGGUAUUAAACACACACCGAGCGGUGUUUGAACAGCCUCGUGGCAUGCCCCCGCCGCGGCAGUUUGAUCACCGCAUUCAUCUCCUACCCGGUACACGGCCGAUUAAUGUUAGACCGUACAGGUACCCCUACUUCCAGAAGACGGAAAUCGAAAGGCAGGUUCGCGAUAUGCUGGAACAGGGUAUCAUUCGCCAUAGUCACAGCCCGUUCUCGUCCCCGGUAUUGCUGAUCCGAAAAAAGGAUGGCACUUUUCGGUUUUGCAUUGAUUACCGAGCCCUCAAUAAGGCCACCGUGCCGGAUCAUUUCCCCAUUCCUACGGCAGAAGAACUAUUUGACGAGUUGGGAGGUGCUAGGUACUUCACUAAGUUGGAUCUUCGCUCGGGGUAUCACCAAAUUCGAAUGAACGGGGACGACAUUUUCAAAACCGCUUUUAGAACUCAUGAUGGGCAUUUCGAGUUUCUCGUGAUGCCUUUCGGGUUGACAAACGCACCGUCCACCUUCCAGGCGGCGAUGAAUGCUAUUUUCCAGCCACUUCUCAGAAAAUGUGUUAUCGUUUUCUUCGAUGACAUUUUGAUUUAUAGCCCGACCAUUGAGCUGCAUAGUAGCCACCUGGAAGCCGUUCUGGAACUGCUCCAUGCUAAUAACUUCUUCGUGAAGCUUUCGAAGUGUUCAUUUUGUAGUAUGUCGGUGGAGUAUUUAGGGCACAUCAUUGACGAAGGCCAUCUCAAGGCCGACCCGACCAAAAUACAGGCGAUGACGGCGUGGCCUAAGCCGGGAACGGUACGGCAACUGCGAGGUUUUUUAGGGUUGACAGGCUACUACCGCCGUUUCGUCGCCCACUACGCGAUGAUCGCGGCGCCCUUAACAGAUUUACUUAAAAAAGAGGCUUUUCGAUGGAGCCCCGAAGCCGAGAAGGCGUUCGCAGCUCUGAAGCAGGCGAUGACAUCAGCUCCGGUCCUCCAAUUGCCGAAUUUCGACUUGCCAUUUUGCGUGGAGACUGACGCGUGCGACGUGGGCAUUGGCGCGGUGCUAAUGCAACAGGAUCACCCCAUUGCGUUUUUCAGUAAGAAACUGGGACCUCGCAGGAGGGUGGCAUAUACGUAUCAUAAGGAAUUAUAUGCUAUUGUGGAGGCCGUGCAAAAAUGGCGACAGUAUCUAUUGGGGCGUGAGUUCAUCAUUAGAACGGAUCAGAGGAGUUUGAAAGAGCUGUUACAACAAGUGGUCCAGACCCCAGACCAACAACUCUAUGUUAGAAAGUUGAUGGGAUAUAAGUUUGUGAUCGAGUACAAGAGAGGCAGCAUGAACAAGGCGGCAGAUGCCUUGUCCCGGCAGCACGACGUGCCGAGCCCGCAUCCCGAUUUGCCUGCGACAGACGACGCUCCCGUCGAAGUCACGACGGAUGUGGACGCGGUCCAGCUCCUACCAGUCGUCGCUAAGCCUGUACCUGAUAUAUUGCGCGUGUUGCGCGAGGAGGCGGCCUCCCUACCCGAACUGGUGGAACUCUCGGCCAAAAUCAAAUCAGGCGACGCGCCCUCGCACUUAUCAUGGGCCGAUGGCCUGAUAUAUUACCAUCGCAGGGUGUUGGUGAGCGCGGAGUCCAAGGCAAAACGGACGUUACUAAAGGAACACCAUUGCUCGCCGAUGGCGGGUCAUCCGGGACACGAGAGAACAUUCCGCCUAUUGGCGGCGGGGUUUUAUUGGCCAAACAUGCGCAAAGAUGUAGUGACGUUUGUGAACGAGUGUGUGGUGUGCCAGUCCACGAAGUAUUCAACGCGAAAGCCGGCGGGGCUAUUGCAGCCGCUACCCGUCCCGUCGCAAGUAUGGUAG